AUGCAUACAAUCAAAAUUGGUUAUGGAUAAGCAAUUUUUAAAGCAGUGACUUUUGGAGUAGUUAAUCUCACAAAAUACGGGGUUGUUUUUAAAGAUCCAAUAACUGGGAUAUCUGAUAUUUUAAAGAGUGGUAUGGAUUGUUUAAGAGAUUUUAAUGAAGGUGUGUGGACUGGGACAAGGGGUUUGAACGAAGGUAAUAUUGGUUUGUCAAGUGGCGUCUUGAGAUUGUUUAAUGCAGAUAUGAUUCAUUAGGCAGUUAGAAUAAAUGGAAUAUCAUAUUCUAUCACAAAUCAAAAAUAGGAUUAAAUCUAGGUAAAAGAAAUAUCUUAAAAUGAAACUGAAACUUAUGAUUGGAAAUAUCGAGGAAAGAGUAAGGUAAGUGAUUCUGAGAUGAAAAGUAUCAUAAAGGAUGUGAAUAAUUAUUCUGUAAGUUAUAAUUUAUUAUUAGCUAAUUGUCAAGAUGUUAGUGACUCUCUUUCAAAGUAUGCUAUGGGUUUAUAUGAUAAAUAUUUUUGCCUCUAUAUCAUUUUUCCAAAAAUGGAUUCUCUAUCUGAUGCAAUUUUUUAAGGAAUCGCAACAAGUGGAUAAGUCAAGACUGUGAUAAGAUUAUAUAAUGAUAUUGUGGCAAAAUUAUUCAAAUGA